AUGUGGCCCCAAAUACUGGGUGGGGGCCAGAUGGCAGCAGGCUGGUGCCCCACGCUGGGGCCUCGCCUCGCGGCCAGAUUUCCCCAGCAGCGGACGUGGGACAACCGCCUGGCCCUGCAGUAGAGCCUGCACGUGACAAUGGCCUGGGCUCUCGGGCUCAUUCCUAUGGCAGUAGAGCAGACGGGUAACUCCCACAUCAUGAACCACCAGCCCUGCGGGGGCACCCGGGGCCAAGUCACAGACAUCACCAUCCUGGCGGAGGAGAUCAUGAAACUCAAGAAGCAGCUGUACAGCAUCCACGCCAAGCACACCAAACAGAGCCUGCAGGUGAUCGAGUCUGCCAUGGAGAGGGACCAUUACAUGAGCCCCAUGGAGACUCAGGAGUUUGGCAUCUUAGACAAGGUUCUGGUCUACCCUCCCCAGGACGAGGAGGACGAGCUGGAGCUGGCACAGAAGGAGCCGGCAGUGGCGGUAGCAGCAGAGCCUGCCCCAGUGAACACAUGA